GAGUUCCUCCUGACGGCUGAUGGACCUCAGCAGUUGCUUUAGGUGAAGCAGGCGCCAUGUUGGAGGGGUCACUGGGUGGAAACUUCUCCCACAUCACGUUCGUGUUCGGAGGUUUUCCUGAGCUGCAGAAACACCGCCGUCUGCUGGCGCUGCCGUUCUCCGCCUCCUACCUGACGGUGCUGCUGGGAAACUGUCUGCUGGUGUAUGUGAUCCGCAGCGUGGAGAGCCUGCACAGCCCCAUGUACCUCCUCAUCAGCACACUGUGCGUCGUCGACAUGCUCGUAGCGACCGCCAUCAUCCCCAAAAUACUCCUCGGCCUCCUCUUCGACUGGGACGAGAUCUCGCUGGCCGGCUGCUUGACUCAGAUGUUCUUCACGCACUUCCUCUCCUCGCUGGAGUCCACGUUGCUGCUGGCGAUGGCGCUCGACCGAUACGUGGCUAUCUGCCAGCCGUUGCGCUACGCCAAAAUCAUCAACUCCUCCGCGUUGGCGAAGCUGCUGCCCUUUGCUCUGGUGCGCAGCGGCUCCAUCAUGGCGACGCUGGUCGCUUUGGCCGGUUCGCUGCGCUUCUGCAGCUCCGACAUCAUCAAGCACUGCUACUGUGACCACAUGGCGCUGGUGAGCCUGGCAUGCGGCAGCACGGAGAAAAACCGAGCGGCGGGACUCGCUGUGAUCGUCUUCUUCGUGGGCGUGGACAUACCGCUCAUCUUCCUCUCCUACAUGAAGAUUUUGAGCGCGGUUUUGCGAGCGACAGCGGACAGCGAGGAACGCUGGAAGGCGUUCCACACGUGCGGCACUCACCUUAUGGCCAUGAUGUGUUUCUACCUCGUGGGUAGCGUCACGUUCCUCUCGCACAACCUCAACAUCCCCAUACCGACGGACGCCAACACCUUCAUGGGACUCGUUUACAUUCUGUUCCCGGCGACGGCCAACCCCAUCAUCUACGGAGUUCGAACUAAAGAAAUUCGGAAUGUUUUUUUCAGGAUUUUUAAAGUCAGAGUGAAGACAAUAAGGAAGGUUUCUCCUGCUGGAAAAGGACAAACAUGACCAAACAUGCCUGUGAAAGUAUGUGGUGUUUGUCAUAGACUUAAAAAAAAAAGAAAAUGCCAAUCUUCUGAUCCUGAAAAGUAAAGCCAAUGUUGAAGUGCCUUCAUAUAAAUUAAUUAUUUGAUUAUAUACAUCUUACAGAAAUGUGUAAAGUCAUGUAGUUACUGAGUUUGUCCACGAGAUGGUGGUUGAUUUUUACAGCGAAAAAAGUCCCAAACACUUCAGAUCACAAUAUCAAAAAUGAGUUGAUGUUAAAUAUUAAAAAAUAAUACGGUCUGAUGUAUCGUUACCUCAAAGCGUCAGAAACAUCACGAUGCCAAAACACACACAGACACACACACACACACAGGUUGCCACAAACUUAUUUUUUAUUAAAUAUGCAGAGGAAUAUAUAGGUUUCCUUCUGGCCCUGUCAAAAUAAAAGCCCAUUCAAAUAAUAUUAGAAAUAAUAAAGAUGUUUUUGGGUGUCUUUAAAAUCUUUUUAUCCUGUAAUGUUUCAGUGUCACACACACAGACACAGACACACACACCG